AUGCCGAAAGCUUACUACAUCGGGACCUUCAUCCACAGUCUCGACUUAACCACUCUCGAAAUCGUCGAACAUGGCAUUAUCUGCGUCUCCAACGGAAUAAUCAAAUCGAUUCACCGCAUGGGCAAGGACUACAGUGAGUCAGACAGCACCCUCCCUCCCUCCGUGCUCCUCCAAAAGCUCGGCCACGACGAUUGCAACACUACCCCACCGCCCAUAAUUCGCAUAAUCCCAAGGAACCACUUCUUCUUCCCGGGACUAAUAGACACACACAUACACGCGAGCCAGUACCCAAACCUAGGCUUGUUCGGCGAGUCGACACUCCUGGAUUGGCUACACAAGUACACAUUCCCGCUCGAAGCCAGCCUAACUGACCCGGCGAAAGCGAAGCGCACGUAUUCGCAGUGCGUGCGCCGCUCGCUGGAGAAUGGGACCACCACCGCGGCGUACUACGCGACGCAGAGCGCGCGGUCGACGAAUAUCCUGACGGAUGUGCUCGUUAGCCUCGGCCAGAGGGGCUUUGUAGGGCGCUGCGCUAUGGAUUCAGACCAGCAGCCGAAAUGGUACCGUGACGAGAGCCCCAAAACCGCGGAGGACGAUACAGCGGCUUGCGUAGCGUACUGUAAAGAAGCGGACCAGAGUGGCAGAGUGCGCGGCGUCAUCACGCCGCGCUUCGCACCGAGCUGCACGCGCGAUACGCUCGACCGCCUCGGCCGCUUACUCGCGGCGGGUGAGGAGGAGGGCUUACUCUGCCAGACCCACAUCUCGGAGAACAAGAGCGAGGUUGAACUUGUCAAAAAGCUAUUCCCGGAGUGCAGCAGUUAUGCGCAGGUCUACGAUGUGUAUAAGUUACUCACGCCCAGGACUGUGCUCGCGCAUGCGAUCCACCUGACCGAGGAGGAGAUCGCGCUCGUCAAGAGCAGGGGGAGUGGGAUUUCGCAUUGCCCGGUCAGCAAUAUGGCGCUGGGGAGUGGGGAUCUUUGGGUCAGGCGCUUGCUCGACGAGGGCGUUAAGGUGGGUCUCGGAACUGAUGUUUCCGGCGGGUACGACGUGAAUGUGCUCGAAGCGGCGAGGAUGGCGUGCUUGGUCUCGCGGAGUGUGGCAGAAGGCGGGAAGGGUAACAAGAGUAAGAUUUCGGUGGCGGAGGCACUUUGGCUUGCGACGAGGGGCGGAGCGGAGGUAUUGGGGUUGGAAGGGAAAGUGGGAGGUUUUGGAGUGGGCAUGGUUUGGGAUGCUAUCCUUGUCGGCGCUAAUGAAGUCCCCUACCAUCAAAACGGGGAGGCCAUUGGGGAUGUCGGGGAGAUGCUAACUGGAGUCCAUCACGAAGGGAAAAAGACUCAAAACGGGGAGGCUACCGGGGGCGUUGAGGAGAUGCCAAUCGGAGUCCAUCACGAAUGGAAAAAGACCAGAAUUGGUGGCAAAGUGGACUUUUUCGGAUGCGAGAGCUGGGAGGAGAAGGUCGCUAAGUGGCUAUACUCCAGCGAUGAUAGAAAUAUCAGGGCGGUGUGGGUUGGCGGGGAGUUGGUCUGCCAGAAG